AUGGCAACUAAAAGAAGUAGGAAGGCUCCUGUAUGGACCUAUAUGGAUCAAGUUGAGCCUAACACUGUUGUUUGUCUAGUGUGUAAAGACACACUCAAGUACACCGGCGGCACGUCAUCAAUGAUGAAACACAUACGCACUAAACACCCUUUGGAAUAUGCAGACCUAAAAGAAGACUCUGAACAUCAAGCAACUGCUGCAGGGUUAGAUACACCAUCCACAUCAACAGUUCAGCCCACUCUAAUGGAAGCUAUAAAGCAGAGCAAUGUGCCAACAAAAAAACUGAUUCAGGAUGUUGAGACGAGGUGGAACUCAACAUUUGACAUGCUAGAGCGCUUUGAAAACCAAAGCGAACUCAUAACAACUACACUUUGCCUUCUCGGCAAAAAUGACAUGUGUACCACCAGUGAAGAGCUUGAGCUGAUUCAGAAUACUGUGGUAAUACUGGAACCUUUCAAGGAACUAACAAAAGAGAUGUCAGCAGAGAAAUUCGUUUCACUUUCGAAGGUCAUACCAAUUGUAAGAGGAAUGCAAGCCUAUAUGAAUGCAAGCAACGGCAGUGAGGCUCAACAGAGGUACUCAUCUAAUCCUCUAGGCAUUGAACUAAAGCAACAGAUGUCAAAGAGAUUCCCUUGCCUUGAAAGUGCUCUCUGCCUUGGAGCUGCCACUCUUUUAGACCCGCGCUUCAAAAAGAUACCUUUUGCAGAUAAAAGUCUUGCCAGACAUACAGAAGAUCGUCUGAUAAACCUCAUGCAAACCAAGGCAUCAGAUGAGGCUCCAAGUACAACAACAGCGGUACUUCCAGCAGCCCAGCAGGUUCUCGCUCAAAAGUCAUGUAAAACACCCUACUGGAACACCUUUGAUACAGAGUCGGAAAAAAUUGUACAGACAACCUCUCAGCUAUCAACAGGACCUCGCAUCGAGCUGAAGAGGUAUUUCGAAGAGAACCAUAUUUCUAGGGAUGGAGACCCGCUGGCAUGGUGGAAAGAACAUGAUAUGUAUUUCCCCAAACUUAGUGACCUGGCUAAAAGAUUCCUUUGCACAUCAGCGUCAUCUGUUCCAUCAGAGAGACUAUUUUCCAAAGCAGGAGAACUCAUCUCACACAGGCGAAGCAACAUCAAAGAUACAAACAUAUAG